AGAAAAGACUCAUUGCUCAUUAAGCGGUAAGCCAAGUUCUUUUCAAGACUUGCUCUGCAAAGACUUUCCCUCACCGACACACGCGUACACACACACACCCAUACACAUCUCUUCAAAAACCCAAAGCAGAAGUGGACAGGAACGGCAGUUUUCAGUCGCUGCGGUUGGCUAUGGCUCAGGGCUCUGACAGCAACGACACAAGCUACAAGUCCCCAUCACCUGGAAGCAGACCGAGCUCCUCAGACGAUGUGAAGAAAGUGAUGCGGAGAGAAAAGAACCGGAUUGCAGCACAGAAGAGCCGGAUGAGGCAAACUCAGAAAGCUGACAGCCUUCACUUGGAGAGUGAGAACCUGGAGAAGGAGAACGCCGCCCUGAGGAAGGAGGUGAAGCAGCUUACGGAGGAGGCCAAUUACCUGUCAUCUGUGCUGAGCAGCCACGAGCCCCUGUGCACCGGACUGGCUCCCCAGACCCCUGAACUCCUCUACCCUACUCAUCAAAGCAGCUACCACCGCCAGCACAUUAGCGUACCACACUACCAGCGCUGACCUGCCUGAUGGCCUGCAGCGAAAACAGUUGACUGACCUCAACAGACAAAGACUGACAGGAGACGUGUCUUUUUUAUUCUUAAAACAUUGUUAAGGUGAGACAGGCUAACUUGUCCAUUAAACAACAUGCCAAAACUCUCAACAGUAGUAUUGAAGACAUAUUUAUUUUGCUUCUCCAUGUCUCCUUGCUUUCUGAUUGUGAAUCUAUAUCUGAGUUUAAAUUUCUUGGUAAGGAGAAUUAUCAGGUAGUCUAUGUUUACAACAAAAGAGGAAUAUUGUGCUUACAUGUUAAAUUCUUAUUUUUAGUGUUUCAGAGAGCACCUUUUGUCAUUUUAUGUCUUGUGUUCUUCGUGUUUCUAAUGUGUUUUUUGUGUGUAAACGCUCAGGAGCUUUGACAGUGUUGAUUGUGGACAAAAAGAAUGUAAAUGUAAAAAGAAAGCUGGAAAUGUGGGAAAGGGUAGUGGGAGGAUCCAGCGUAUGUAUUUAUUAAAUUUGAUGCUUUUCUUUUUCUGAAACAUCAUCUGUAAACCUUCAGGGUUCAUGUUAUUCUUUUGUUUGCAAAGACAGCUUGGUUGUAAAGUCUGCACAGGUGCUGAUAAUGCAACAUGUGACCAACGUUUUAUUUCUCUCCUCAGUCGCCUCUAGGGGGCACUGUUUAACCGUGUUAGAGAUUAAAAUACAGUAGCUUAUAUUUAUAAAGCAUAAAAUUAAUAUUUUGUGAACUGCUCUGUGUGUGGAUAAGGAUUAAUUUAAGACAAUGAGCUCCACUGUUACCCUUUGCUUGUGCUACACUUGUGGUGAUCUAAAUAAAACGGCCUGUUAUCUGCAGUACAUUAAAGCAGGAAGUACAUGUAA